GGAACAGAAUGUGUGGCCAUAGAAACAAAGAAGAGAGGUGGUGGGAAAAUUAGCCAAAAGCAACCUGUACAUAGGAAGUCCAUUGACACAUUUGGGCAGAGAACUUCACAGUACAGAGGUGUCACAAGACAUAGAUGGACUGGUAGAUAUGAGGCCCAUCUUUGGGACAACAGUUGCAAGAAGGAAGGGCAAACCAGAAAAGGAAGGCAAGUUUAUUUGGGAGGCUAUGAUAUGGAAGAGAAAGCUGCAAGAGCUUAUGAUCUUGCCGCCCUUAAGUACUGGGGUUCUGCAACCCAUAUAAACUUUCCAUUGGAAAAUUACACUGCACAACUUGAAGAGAUGAAGAAUAUGAGCCGGCAGGAAUAUGUAGCGCAUCUGAGAAGGAAAAGCAGUGGAUUUUCAAGGGGGGCUUCAAUGUACCGAGGAGUAACAAGACAUCACCAGCAUGGGAGAUGGCAAGCUAGGAUUGGCAGGGUAGCAGGAAACAAAGACCUGUAUCUUGGGACUUUUGGUACCCAAGAGGAAGCUGCAGAAGCUUAUGAUAUAGCUGCAAUCAAGUUCCGCGGCGUAAAUGCGGUCACCAACUUUGACAUUACCAGAUAUGAUGUUGAAAAAAUCAUGGCCAGCAAUACCUUGCUUGCUGGAGAGUUUGCUAGGCGUACCAAAGAGAUAGAACCUAACAUAGAGGCCAAUGCCAUCGAAUAUAACCCAUCAGCACAGAACAAUGGGGAAGCCAACCAACCCGAAAUCAACAAUGGGAAUGGUCUGGACUGGAAGAUGGCCUUGUACCAAUCUGCACAGGAACAACCAACUAGCUGUGUUCAAGCAGUUGAUCAGAAAUCGAUUGGUUCAUUGAACUAUAGGCAUCCCUCUUUCUCAAUGGCAUUGCAGGACCUUAUUGGUGUUGAAUCAGUGAACUCAAAUCAGCCAUUGAUGGAUGAGUCUGCUAAGGUUGGGGCACAUUUCUCAAAUCCAUCCUCAUUGGUGACCAGUUUGAGCAGCUCCAGAGAAGCUAGCCCUGACAAAUCUGGCCCCAACAUGCUCUUUGCAAAGCCACCAUUAGCAUCAAAGUUCAUCUGCCCUACUUCUGCAGCAGCUGCUGCUGUUAGCUCUUGGUUCCCAACAGCCCAGCUGAGGCCUGCUGCUAUCUCCAUGUCUCACUUGCCUCUUUUUGCUGCUUGGAAUGACACCUAGACAAUUGGAUGUGUUUUGUUGAAAUGUAUUAAAGUUUUUGCAUGGACGAGAAAAAAGAGAGGAAGAAAUUAAUGAUGUUAGGGGGGUAGAAAAAGGUGAUGGUGAUUAUGUUAUCUGAAGAUAAUUAGUGGAGGAAAUUCAGGGUUAAUGAAAAAGACAAGGGUAGGCCAUGGGAGGCCAGUUGUCUGUUUGUAACCAAAGUAAGUGUAAGAAACUUUUUCCAAAACCAAA